AUGCCCGGUGGUGGUGAUUCAACUUCUUCACGCUUCAAACCCGCCAACUCAUCGUUCAUCAGAAAAACCCAUCUUUUUCUCUUCGUCGUCGUGCUCUGCAUCGUCUCCUACCUCAUCGGCGCUUAUCAACAACGUCCACGCUUCAAUUAUCUCUCCACCACCACCACCAAACCCAUCAUCAUACCCACAGCACAAUGCAACCAAAAGGCCACCACACUCGACUUCCAAUCACACCACAACGCCACCCACAUCUCCGCCACACUCACGUCCAGAACAUUCCCUCAGUGUAGCGCCAACUACACCGAGUACACGCCGUGCGAGGACCCCACAAGGUCGCUGAGGUACAAGCGGAGCAGGAUGAUAUACAGGGAGAGGCACUGCCCGGAGAACGGCGAGGAGCUGAGGUGCAGGGUGCCGCCGCCUUAUGGGUAUCGGAACCCCUUCCCUUGGCCGGCCAGCAGGAACGUCGCAUGGUACGCUAACGUGCCCCACCGGGAGCUGACGGUUGAGAAGGCGGUGCAGAAUUGGAUCCGUUACAACGGCGAUCGGUUUAUUUUCCCCGGCGGCGGAACCAUGUUCCCCAAUGGUGCCGACGCUUACAUUGAUGAUAUCGGAAAGUUGAUCAAUCUCAAAGAUGGCUCCAUUAGGACAGCACUUGACACUGGUUGUGGGGUUGCUAGUUGGGGAGCGUAUCUUCUAUCCCGAGACAUCCUAACAAUGUCGAUUGCACCAAGGGAUACCCACGAAGCACAAGUUCAGUUUGCUCUUGAGCGAGGAGUUCCUGCAUUGAUUGGAGUCCUAGCCUCCAAGAGGCUACCUUUCCCUUCCAGAGCUUUUGACAUGGCCCACUGCUCUCGCUGCCUCAUCCCAUGGCCUGAAUAUGAUGGAAUUUUUCUGAACGAAGUUGAUCGAGUUCUACGUCCCGGUGGGUAUUGGAUUCUAUCUGGGCCACCAAUCAACUGGAAGAAAUACUGGAAAGGUUGGCAAAGGACAAAGGAGGAUUUGAACGAAGAGCAGACCAAAAUUGAAAACUUAGCCAAAAGCCUUUGCUGGAAUAAGCUAGUGGAGAAGGAUGAUAUUGCUAUUUGGCAGAAACCAAAAAACCAUUUAGAUUGCAAGGCCAAUCGUAAGCUCACCCAAGACCGGCCUUUUUGCAAUGCACAGAAUGAUCCUGACAAGGCCUGGUAUACCGAUUUGCAGGCAUGUUUGAGUCCUGUGCCUGAAGUGUCUAACAAAGAAGAAACCUCAGGUCGGGUAUUGGACAAUUGGCCUGGCAGACUAAAAUCCAUCCCUCCAAGGAUUUAUUUGGGUACCAUAGAAGGGGUUACUCCUGAAGCUUAUUCAAAUGACAAUGAGCUGUGGAAGAAAAGGGUAUCGUAUUAUAAGACAGUUAACAAUCAACUAGGAAAAUCUGGGAGAUACCGCAACCUCUUGGACAUGAAUGCCUACUUGGGUGGAUUUGCCGCUGCACUAAUUGAGGAUCCUGUUUGGGUCAUGAAUGUGGUUCCAGUUCAGGCUGAGGUCAACACACUUGGAGCAAUAUAUGAACGAGGAUUGAUUGGAACAUAUCAUGACUGGUGUGAAGCGAUGUCUACUUAUCCUAGAACUUAUGAUCUAAUUCAUGCUGAUUCAGUCUUCAGCCUUUACAGUGACAGAUGUGAAUUGGAAGACAUUCUGCUAGAAAUGGAUAGGAUUCUUAGACCUGAAGGAACUAUAAUCAUCCGAGAUGAUGUUGAUAUAUUGUUGAAAGUAAAGAGCAUUGUCAAUGGAUUGGACUGGGAUAGUCUAAUUGUAGACCAUGAAGAUGGACCUCUUGAAAGGGAGAAACUUCUAUUUGUUGUGAAGAAGUAUUGGACUGCUCCUGCUUCUUCCUAG